GUUUGGCGACUCCCGGAAGACGCGCCGAUGGGACCAGAGGAGAUUCCUCCUGGAUGGGAGGGUCCGCUGACUGGGUGUGAGGCUGCGGAGAGGAAAUUUCCCCAAAAGAAAACCUUUCCAACCUAGCGGGUUGGGGGGAGAGAAGACAAAUUGAGCGCCCCUGGCUCACUUCCCCACUCCCAAGCCCCCGCCCGAGCCCCGCCGGUGUGGCACACGUCGUCUGGGCACAACAAAGCGGAGAUCUCGGGCCUCAGGCCGAGGCGGGAGCCUUGCUGGGAGGAUCGCGGGCCAGGGGCCCUCAUCCACGCCUCGGCAUCCGCCGCUGACGUCGCCUGAGAAGUCUGGGGAGGGAGGAGCUCCGACAGGCAGGCUCGGGUGGCUGGCAGCGCCUGGGAGGGCCAGGUCGGAGAGAGGAAGCUCCUCCCCUGUGCGCCCCGCCGCCGCAGAGUUGACCCGUCUCUAGAAGAGAAGAGUCCGCUCCGGCUCCGGGUAAGCAGCGGCUUGGCGUGGGCUGCGCGGGGAAUGGACGACCUCGUGACCUAGUGUCCCGCAGCCUGUAGGGCCUGCUGACCCGGCUUGCGCAAGGGGUGGAGCCGCGGGAGCGGCGGGCACUUCCGGAAUCGACCGGCUUGCCUGAGUGCCCGCGCCACCCGCUACCAUGAACGAGGAGGCCAUCUGCAGCGCCCUGCCCACCAUCCCGUACCACAAGCUCGCCGACUUGCGCUACCUGAGCCGCGGCGCGUCCGGCACCGUGUCUUCUGCCCGCCACGCAGACUGGCGCGUUCAGGUGGCCGUGAAACACCUGCACAUUCACACCCCGCUGCUCGACAGUGAAAGAAAUGAUGUCUUAAGAGAAGCUGAAAUUUUACACAAAGCUAGAUUUAGUUACAUUCUUCCAAUUUUGGGAAUUUGCAAUGAGCCUGAAUUUUUGGGAAUAGUUACUGAAUACAUGCCAAAUGGGUCAUUAAAUGAACUCCUACAUAGGAAAAAUGAAUAUCCUGAUGUUCCUUGGCCAUUAAGAUUUCGUAUUCUGCAAGAAAUUGCACUAGGUGUAAAUUACCUGCACAAUAUGAAUCCUCCUCUACUUCAUCAUGACCUGAAGACUCAGAAUAUCUUAUUGGAUAAUGAAUUUCAUGUUAAGAUUGCAGAUUUUGGUUUAUCAAAAUGGCGCAUGAUGUCCCUCUCACAAUCACGAAAUAGUAAAUCUGCACCAGAAGGAGGGACAAUUAUCUAUAUGCCACCUGAAAACUAUGAACCUGGACAAAAAUCAAGGGCUACUAUCAAGCAUGAUAUAUAUAGCUAUGCAGUUAUCACAUGGGAAGUCUUAUCUAGAAAACAGCCUUUUGAAGAAGUCACCAAUCCUUUGCAGAUUAUGUAUAGUGUGUCACAAGGACAUCGACCUGACACUAAUGAAGAAAGUUUGCCAUUUGAUAUACCUCAUCGAGCACUUAUGAUCUCUCUAAUAGAAAGUGGAUGGGCGCAAAAUCCAGAUGAAAGACCGUCUUUCUUAAAAUGUUUAAUAGAACUUGAACCAGUUCUGAAAACAUUUGAAGAGAUAACUUUUCUUGAAGCUGUUCUUCAACUAAAGAAAACAAAGAGUGCUUCAAGUACCAUUCACUUAUGUGACAAGAAGAAAAUGGAGUUAUCUCCAAACAUACCUGUAAAUUAUGGUCCACAGGAGGAAUCAUGUGGAUCCUCUCAGCUCCAUAAAACUAGUGUUUCUCCUGGAACUUCAAGGUCCCUGUCAGCUCCUCAAGACAAUGAUUUUUUAUCUAGAAAAACUCAAGACUUUUCUGUGAUGCGUCAAUGUCCAGUAAAUCACAGUUGUGACAGUAACAUUUCUGUGGCUCAAAGAGCAACAUUCUGUGAUCACAGGGCUGCUCCAUGCUCUUUAGCAAUAAUAAAUCCACUCUCAGCUGAGGGAAAUUCAGAGCGAUUUCAGCCUGGUAUAACCCAACAGUGGAUCCAGAGUAAAAGGGAAGAUAUUGUGAACCAAAUGACUGAAGCCUGCCUUAACCAAUCUCUAGAUGCCCUCCUGUCCAGGGAUUUGAUCAUGAAGGAGGACUAUGAACUCAUUAGUACCAAACCUACAAGGACCUCAAAAGUCAGACAAUUAUUGGAUACUAGUGACAUCCAAGGAGAAGAAUUUGCCAAAGUUAUAGUACAAAAAUUGAAAGAUAACAAGCAAAUGGGUCUUCAGCCUUACCCAGAAAUACUUGUGGUUUCUCAAUCUCCAUCUUUAAAUUUAUUUCACAAUAAAAGCCUAUAAGUAACUCUUUUUCAAGAAGAAAAGUCAGUGCAUAAAAGGCCUCAACUAACAACCAAGGUAACAACCAAAGUUAACAGCAUGAUGUGUAUCGUUCUAUCCCUUUCUUCCUGCUCAUAUUUAAAGUAUAUGCCCGGGGGGGACCUUCAAGAUGGUGGAGGAGUAAGACGUGGAGAUCACCUUCCUCCCCACAAAUACAUCAAAAAUACAUCUACAUGUGGAACAACUCCUGCAGAACACCUACUGAACACUGGCGGAAGACCUCAGACUUCCCAAAAGGCAAGAAACUCCCCACGUACCUGGGUAGGGAAAAAGGAAAAACAGAUACAAAAGAAUAGGGAGGGGACCUGCCCCUCUGAGAGGGAGCUGUGAAGGAGGAAAAGUUUCCACACACUAGGAAGCCCCUUCACUGGCGGAGAUGGGGGGUGGGCAGUGGGGAAGCUUCAGGGCCAUGGAAGAGAGCACAGCAGCAGGGGUCCGAGGGCAAAGUGGAGAUAUUCCCACACAGAGGAUCAGUGCCUACCAGCACUCACCAGCCAGAGAGGCUUGUCUGCUCACCCGCUGGGGCAGGUGGGGGCUGGGAGCUGAGGCUUAGGCUUUGGAGGUCAGAUCCCAGGGAGAAGACUGGGGUUGCUUGUGUGAACACAGCCUGAAGGGGGCUAGUGAUCCACAACUAUCUGGGAGGGAGUCCGGGAAAAAGUCUGGACCUGCCUAAGAGGCAAGAGACCAUUGUUUCAGGGUGUGCGAGGAGAGGGGAUUCAGAGCACCGUCUAAAUGAGCUCCAGAGACAGGCAUGAACCACAGCUACCAGUGUGGACACCAAAGGCGGGCAUGAGACACUAAGGUUGCUGCUGCAGCCACCAAGAAGCCUGUGUGCAAGCAGAGGUCACCAUCCACACCUCCUCUCCCGGAGCCUAUGCAGCCCGCCACUGACAGGGUCCCGUGAUCCAGGGACAACUUCCCCAGGAGAACACACAGCGCGCCUCAGGCUGUUGCAACCUGACAGUCAGGCUCGCCCCACAUUCCGUACCCAUCCCUCCCUCCCGGCCUGAGUGAGCCAGAGCCCCCUAAUCAGCUGCUCCUUUAACCCCGCCCUAUCUGGGCAGGGAACAGACACCCUCAGGUGACCUACACGCAGAGGCGGGGCCAAAUCCAAAGCUGAACCUCAGGAGCUGUGCAAAGAAAGAAGAGAAAAGGAAAUCUGUCCCAGCAGCCUCAGGAGCAGUGGAUUAAAUCUCCACAAUCAACUUGAUGUGCCCUGCAUCUGUGGAAUACCUCAACAGACAACAAAUCAUCCCAAAAUUGUGGCGGUAGACUUUGGGAGCAACUGUAGAUGUGGUGUUUGCUUUCUGCAUCUAAUUUGUUUCUGGUUUUAUGUUUAUUUUAGUUUAGUAGU